GCAUUUAACCCAUGAUAUGCAGGUGCUAAAAACUGAAAAAGACCAGCUGGAAAGAAAAGUUUCUGAUCUCCAAAAAAGCUUAGCUAUGGAAAAAAGAAACUUUGAAGAGGAAAAAAAGGAGAAAGAGAAAGCACUUACAAGAUUAAGUGCCGUAGCUGGGGAUAAACUGAGAGUCAAUAACCCAGGGAUAGCUGAUUUGUCUGAUGAGAACCGACCAAACAAACUGGCAGAAAAAUUCAGUGAACUGUACGACAACGAAUGGACUGAAUUGUACGAAGUUUUAGAAGAGAGUGGACAAACGGAAGAGGACAUCAUUGGGAACUUGCUGCAAAUAUUGCAGGAGACUUACAACUCUAGUAACAAUCUUGCGGAAAAUCAACGCAGAGAAUUAAAAAAAGUAAUUUUACAUCCUGCAAACGUAGGGUCAAGGGAGGACAUCAAACCUCCAGAGGGAAUAUUGUCUAAAAUCACUGAUAUUCAGAAACAGACAGCAUCAAUUGUUUUUGGAGAUGUCAGAAAAGAAAUUAUGGAGAGCAAUAAACUCAUCUCCGAUGGAAUGAAUGAAGUGAAGAGAAAAUACGUAGAAAGAUGUAUUCAGCUGUGUUGGAUGAUGGCUAUCCAGGACCCCCCGAUGCAUUUGGAUUUUGGACCUUCAGCGAAUUCAGAGGCUGACAAAAACGUGUACAGAAUGUAUACUAAACAAGGAGACAAAGUAGAUUUUGUUGUGUGGCCUGCUGUAUUUCUUCAUAACCAAGGACCCUUAGUCCAGAAAGGUGUACUACAGCCAAAGUAAAACUAAACAUGUAGCCACAAUCAUUCAAUGUUCAAGCAUUUGUAGCAAUCUAGAUUUCAAUAUGCCUGUUAUAUAAGUACAUAAUAUAUAUAUUCACUUUUCAUGUGUAGAACUUCAUCCUCUAAAACUGUUAUACAUAAUUAUGCAUUAAUAUUUGUUACAUAAUUCCUAUUUUCUCUUGAAAGGGGAUAUAAUCAAGAAAAUACCAGAAAGAUACGCUGGUUGUCUUAAAAUUUCUUUUCAAGUACCAGUUGGUAAGAAAGGAUGAACCUUAUGUGAAAGGCUCCUGAAAUUUAAGUUUGUUCAAAUUAUGAUCCCUAUGGCUAGGCAUUGUCCACAAUAAAAUAUCAAAGUUUUUCAUGAGAAUAUGUAGGGAAAAUCUUUAAAAAUCUCCUUCUCAGUAACAGCGAUACCUUUAUUAGUCUUAUAAAUAUUUACAAGCAUCCUCAAAAGUGCCAAUUUAACUUUGAUCUUAUGGCCCCCGGGUUGAGUGGGGCCACAGUUGGAGAUCGAAGCUGAUUGGAAUAUAUGGGUGAAAGUCUCUCCACUGUUCUUAAGUUCUCAAGAACAGUGGCGCCAGGAUUAGUGAUAUUAAUAUGCAAGCAUCCUUGGAUGUUGCAAAUUCUUUUUUCAAAUUUUAUCCAUUCCGUGCCACUCUUUUUAAAAAUCUUCUUUCUAAUAUCAGUAAGGCUGAAGUUAGUGUUAUCAAUAAGCAAGCAUCAACAGGUAGCGAAGAUUCACGUUUGUUCACAUCAUGGCUCUAAAGAGUAGGAGGGACCUAAUAUAGAAUUAAUGUUUCGCAAAAUAUAAUACAUGUACCUGGGAAGCAUUUUAAAGAUCUUUUUUUCAAGAACAAGACCUGAUUAUUAGAUAUAUAAAUAUGCAAAAAUCAUAAGGUAAUGGAGAUUCAAGAUUGUUCGCAUCAGGCAUUGGAUAGAAGCUGAAUGAGAAGGUAUCUUGAAAAUUAGAAUAACCUUAACAAGAUCAGAGUUGCAGAAUGAAUAUGCAAACAAUUCCAUGUAGUGUGGAUUUAUUUUUAAUUUUCGGGUUAGGUAGGAUUAAAAUCGGGGAUCAAAUUUUACCUAAUGCAUGUACACAGGAUAAAAAUCUCCUUCUCAAUAACAAUAAGGUAUAGAUAAGUUAGAAUUUUAAAAAAAAGUAUCCUCAGGAAGUGCCAAUUCAAUUUUGCUCAUAACAUGGUUCCCGAGUUGAAUUGGUCCAUAAAAGGAGAUCAAAAGUAAUUAGAAUAUAUCUGUUAAAAUGAAUAUUGUUUAAUAUCUUCUGGAGCAAACAGCGCCAAGAUAUUCAAGUACCUGGGGUAGUGAAGAUUUUUUUGUUUCAAAUUAUAACCCCUGAGUAUAUGGUGGUGCCACACUAAAGGAUUAAAUUAUUGUCAUGGAAGUCUUUUUUAAAGCCAAAACUACUUAAGAGGGCUGGGUGGUUGUGGCCAUUUUCAGACUAUAUUGAUCUCCUUUAGAAGAAGAGUUCCAUAUAAAGAUAUACAAAAAUGAUCAAAUUUUAAAACUAAAAUGUAUGAAUUUUUUGUUUGCCAAAUGAUAGUUGACAGCUUAAGAUAUCUUAUCUAAAAAUUCAAGUUAUAUCUGAUUAAGUUAUAUCUGGAUAUUUGUUGACCCCCCAGCUUCCUUAAGAACUAAGCAUCAGGUAGCGCAGAAUCAAGGUUGUUUACACCAUGAAGGUACCAAAUAGGGGAUCAGUGUUUCGCAUGAGACAAUACAUAAAACAGAAAUUAAAAUCUCCCUUUCAAGAACAAGGCCUGAUUAGUGAUAUAAAUUCUUACGUAUGCAAACAGUGUAAGGUAAUGGAUAUUUAAGUUUGUUCAAAUGAAGGCACGAAUGGGUUCAAAGCUUAAAAUAUAUAUAGAUAUCUUGGAAUUUAGUGAUCAGAGUAGGAGUAAGUUAAAUCGCAUUGGACUUUUGUGGAAAGCGCUGACUUUUAUAGUUUACCGCUUACUUUGACAAAUAAAUCUGCGUUAUGUACGGAGGUACGAAAUUCAUAAUAAAUAAGAAAAACUUAAUAUCGAUUAAAGGUAUGGUGUUAGGGGCGCUAACAUGAUUUAUCAGUUGAGAUGAGGGGUACUAUAUCCUUCCAGUUUCAUCUUCAAAAAGAAUCACGAUAGCUCAGUCGGUAGAGCGCUCGCUCCGUGAUCGGAAGGUAGUGUGUUCGAAUCACGGCCGCGACUGACCCAAGUCGAUAAAAAAUAUAGGUAGCAACUGUUCCUUCGCCAAGCGAUCGGCACUUUUAAGUGAAAGUUGUGGUUCGGAUGAGACCUUAAAAAACCGAGGCCCCGUGUCACGGUAGGCGUUGGCACAAUAAAGAACCCUCACUGCUCAAGGAGUGCCGAGUAAAGGUCUAAAUUUGAAGCCCUUCACCGGUACAUUGUAUAUGGUCACGUCUCUAUAAGGGUGAAAAUUUCUCGAAUGGGACCUAAAUCAACAUACAAUCAAUCAGAAAGAAUCAAAUAAGGAAGGAAAAACAUCCCGUUAGGAAAACCUGGUAGGAAUUGCUGAAAAUGGGAAGAGAGGGGGUUGAGGAUAGGGUGAUUGCCGUUCUCUUCCUAGACAACGUUAUCUGUGCUUUGAAAUGGUCCAUUAUUAUCUUCUGAUUAACUGUUAAGCUAAAUAUUUCUAUCGAAAAAUAGUUUCAUUAUAAUAUCUCAGGGUAAAAGUAUGCGUCGACUAUAAAAGUGAGUGCUUCUCGUUAAGGUCUAGUACAACAUUCUCAAGCUGUGAGGAUUUUUUUUCAACAAUGGACUCUGGGGUUCAAAUUUUAUACUUACAAGUAUAUAGGAAAGAUCUUUAUAAGAACAACAAGGCCAUGUUAGUUGGUUUUGAUAUUUAAGCAACCCCCAUGUCACGCGAAUAUCCAAAUUAAAUCAUAAUGAAAUAAAUAAUGUGUGAGGCAACAAUAUGGGAUCAAUUUUUUUUCAUAGGAAUAAAGAGAGGGAAAUAAACAGAAAUCUUUAAAAAUAUCUUUGAAACGUUAUCUAAUUCCUAAAAAUAAUGAAAGUUAAAAUUAUAUGUCUUUCAUUUGGUUCUUUGCAUUUGGAAAAUAAGUUGAGUUACAUUUAGAAAAAAAUGAUGUCGUGUUGUUUUACGAAUAUAUAUUUAUUCCACAGCGUGCACAAAAGGACAUAGAAUUUCUUAUGCAUGUAUGUACAUUGUAAUUAUAUGUGUGUGUCCUCUAGAAUUAUUGUAAUUACAACUCAAUUUUUAAUAAUUAUCGAGGAAUGAGUUCACAGAAUUGACAUCACCCUGAGAUGUUUCAAAAUUUCAUUGAUAUUUAAAUGUUCUUAUGAAAUACAUGUAUUGUGUUGACUUUGUGUGUAUAUUUUAAUAAUAUGGUAAACAUAAUUUAUCUGCAGAUCAUGCACAUAUUGAAAGUGAAAGAGUUAGCGGAGCAACAUGUGAAGCCGAGUGUAUGGUUGCUUUAAGUGAGAUUCAAAUACAAUCUGGAGUAUUUCAUUCCAAUUUAAAUUUCCAUAUUCAAGUGCAAGUUUCUGUGUACAUUUCUUUUACUAUUUAUUGAACAGUACGAAGUGUGUUUUUCUUCAGUUUGAAAUAUUGUCAAAAGUGAUUUUUUUUUUGGGGGG